AUGAUUCAAUACCGUUUUACUAAGAGUGUGUGCAGGCAGAAGUACAAGCAUACAUACAAGAAUGUUAAGAAUUUAGUUGCGUAAUUUUUUCAACGUGCAGGGAUAAAUUUAUUGUGCCAAGUUUUAUCGUUCUGAAAGUAAUUAUACAUCCCGGAUGGCAUUUACAUAUGUGCCCAUCGAUGAGUAUUGAGUACCGCAUACAUAAAUAUUGAUUAUUUGCUAAACAUGGAGCAAGUUGUGCAGCAGUCUAGAUUCCGUCCCACCUUUCUUAUCCUCUUCUCAAUAAGUUUACUUCUUGACCCAGGAUGCAGCAUGCCUGCAUUAGACCCGGAUGAAAAUUGGGUUUGCGACGUGACCCAAGUAGGCAGAAAGAAACCACUGUCCGGCCAUUGUUACACCUAUCAACAAUGUCAAUGGAGAGACUUUAUGGAUUAUGACAUGGAAAUAUUGACUUGUCCUGAUGACAAAAUUUAUGACAAAAGUAUCAACGAAUGCAUCAAUGAAAAAUCAAUCUCCUUCGACUUUGAGAAAAGUAGAUGCGAGAAGAAGAAGCCUAAUGUGUCGUCAGCAAAGCACAAUUCUAAAACUCCACAGCCUGGAAGAAGCGUGACCAAGGAGCCGCCACCACAAGCAAAGCUGCCAAAGACCCCUACAAAAUCUGCUUUUUCGUCCUCCGAAUCCACCCCAACGGUCAAACCUAUCCCUAAAAAUGAUCCAAACCCUUUUGAUUAUCAACCAGUAAGACCAAAGUCGUCGGAAGAAAAAUUUACUCAACAGCCUAAUUUUUUCACACCGUUUAACAACUUUCCUCCAACUGAAAAAUCUUCAAGGAGAAUAUUAUUUCAUGAACCUUUUGUUAAACCGUACUAAAUAUUUUGCCAACAAAAAUCGAGGUAUUUGGCCCAAAUGGGAAUAAUAAAUAAAUUAGAUUCGCCAUUA